AUGGCUACUCAGACUGGAACCGCCUCAAGAAGGCCAAAGUUGUCGUUGAGCAUCAAGACGUCGCCGGCACCUCACACGAGAAUCAACAAGUCCUUUUCCGUCAUCGAUCCCAAGGACCCGACCACCUUCAACACCCUCUCCAACGUCUACGUGACCGCCAUUGAGAGGUCGACACCCACCGCAGCAGAACCGCUCACGGCUAUCAAUACAUCCCAACAACAGGCCUCGCGGUUGCACAAUGGCUCAAAGACACCCCAGCUCCGCAUCCAGACGCCGUACGCAGUCUCCUACCCCGAGACCCCGUUGACCGCACACCCUCUUUCACCCGGCGUCGCAAUGGAGAUCACCUUUCCCAGUACCAUGACCGCCACCCCACCUCUCUCCGCCGGCCCCGUAGAGCCCAACCAAGGUCCCCAGAUGUUUGGCUUCUCGCCAAUCGACACCAAGACGCCGCUGACGGCCAUCGGACUCAUCACGAACUUGCCAGAGCCGCGCUCGCAAAGGAAGCGUAACAACAACCUGACCCUCGCGGGCUCAAAGCUGCCAUACACCCACCCUCGUUCCCUCCACAGCAUCCUCCGCAACUCGCCUCUCCCUCCACCAAGCGCAAAGACACCCAUCUCACCCCGCCGGCAGUCCCUGCGCUUGCAAGAGAAGGCGGCCCGCCGCGUAGCCUACAACAGCCCCAUCGAGCAGACAAUCACAACAGAAACAUACACAAAGUCACACAUUGACCUUCUCGUCGAGGACGUCGUUUCCCCUGCAUCACCGGCAGCAGAGGAGCAAAACACGGUGCUGGACCUCGCCAUGGCUUUCACGAGCGACGAGACCCGCGACGGCGGCAUGACGCCCGGCCCGUUUGAGGAGAUGCGGCGGCGGAUGGCGGGGCUGGCGGCCAACUCGCCGCCCGUCAGCCCAUCUGGCGGCAUUAGGAAGCGGACAAAGCGCAAGGAGAAGAAGCGGCGGUGGGUGUGGACGAUUGGAAACCAGGAGGAGGACGAGGAGAACUUGGGCGGUGCCGUGGCGGCUUUGCGAGCCGCCGAGGCGGCGGCGGCAGCAGCGGCACAGACACCGCGGACGGCACAGACGCCGGUGUUGUCUGUGCAGACCUGCGGCGGCAGCGAUCUCCCGACGCCUAGCGUCGAGACGUUUGAGGAGGCUGCUUCUGGGGAAGAUGUGGAGAUGUCGGAUACGAGUAGCGUCUCGUACUCGUUCUCCGAUCGGGGGCUGACACCGGGGGAUAUGGAGAUUGAUCUGACGACGCCGACUGUGCCGAAGCGUCUCGUGUCACAGUGCGACAGGCUGGGUUCGGCGGAUCUGAUUAAUCCGGAGACUGGGAGUCGGCGGGAUACGCCGAUACCCCCGGAUAUGGUUGUUCAUUGA